GUCGCGCCUUUGCGCGCGGGGCGGGGCAGGUGGCGCGGCGGUGGCGGCAGCAGAGGUGCGGCGCGCGGCUCCGGAGCGCGCCAACGCGGUCCCCGCCGGAGUCGCGGCGUACCUCCGUGUGGCCCUCACCCGUCUCCCCAACUCGAUAUCCCACUGGCCUCAGGAUGGGCGCGCGCGUCUCGGGCAGGCCCCGAGCCGGGACUGGGUUCCUGCUGCUGCUGCUGCUGCUCGGGCUGCUGGCCCCGGGGGCGCAGGGAGCGCGGGGCCGCGGCGGCACCGAGAAGAACAGCUACCGCCGCACAGUCAACACCUUCUCGCAGAGCGUCAGCAGCCUGUUCGGCGAGGACAACGUGCGCGCCGCUCAGAAGUUCUUGACCAGGCUGACGGAGAGAUUCGUGCUGGGAGUGGAUAUGUUUGUGGAAACCCUGUGGAAAGUCUGGGCAGAGCUCUUGGAGGUUCUUGGACUUGACGUCUCCAACCUGUCCCAGUACUUCAGCCCAAGCUCGGUGGCCAGCAGCCCGGCCCGCGCCCUCCUGCUGGUUGGCGUCGUCCUCCUGGCCUACUGGUUCUUGUCCCUAACCCUGGGCUUCACCUUCAGCAUCCUGCACCUGGUGUUCGGCCGCUUCUUCUGGGUCGUGCGGGUCAUCCUGUUCUCCAUGUCCUGUGUGUACAUCCUGCACAAGUACGAGGGGGAGCCUGAGAACGCCGUGCUGCCCCUGUGCUUCGUCGUGGCCAUCUACUUCAUGACCGGGCCCAUGGGCUUCUACUGGCGCAGCAGCUCCGGUGGCCCCAGCGUGGAGGAGAAGCUGGAGCAGCUGGAGAACCAGGUCAGACUGCUCAACAUCCGUCUCAACCGAGUUCUGGACAGCCUGGACCGCACCAACGGCAAGUGACAACCAGCCAGCCGGCCGGGUCCCCUCCUCCCAGCGCCCUCUCUCCGGAAACAAAAGAGAAGAAGGAAAAAAAGAACGUCCAACCCCAAACAGUCUUAAUAAAAAUGCCUGAGCAAGAGAGGGGCGCUUUGCGAGGGUAUUUCCGGCCACGGGUCAGACUCUUAGGACCCCUUCCUGGAGGAAGGACAAGAUCAUGGCUGUAGAACUAACCCAGCGAGGGUCGUUAGUGGAGAAAAUAUUUUUUAAACAGAGGAGAUAACCAUAUGAGCUGUACAGGAAGAGAAGUUUAUGGGCGCAUCAAGUACCAAGUUAAUUUUUUUCAAGCGUUUAAAUACAUCUUUUGUAAGGUUUUUUAAUAAAGGCCGAUGGAGUCAGAUUUAUUCAAACUUUGCACAGAGGGGAAGGAGUUGCUUUUUCAAACCAUUUGGGGCAAGUUUCAAAGCAAGCAUUUGUUUCUGCAGAAUAGGGAUCGGUAGGUGAGGUCUCUAUAUGCUAUUUUCAUAUUCCAAAGCUAUGACCUUCAUUUCCUGUUGUUUUUGGUUGCCGUUGACCUGAUGAACAUUGUUGCUUCUAAGUGUGGACGCUUGGGUUUCAGGGGUGAAACUAAACAUCUUUGGAUCCCAGGGACUCCCCGCCACGCCUCCAUCCAUUCUAAAGGAAGAAAUCAUUAUUUGUAGAAAACCUAAAUCCCUUUCCUCCCCCAUCUUGUUUGUACUGUGAUGUAUUUUAAACCUCAACAUUUUGUAAAGGAAAUUUCAAGGACCAGGCCAAGGGGUGUCUUUGGGGUUUGUUGCCAAGAGCUGCCUGGGUGAGCAUCGAAGCUCAUUCAGGCAUCUGUUGGAUGUCCUAAUUUUGCCAUUUGCCAGCUAGGUCAAUACAGGAAAGACACACUCUCCAGGGUUUUAUAUUUAUUUCUUUGGUUUAGGGUUUGGGUUGACUCGGAACCUUAGAGGGAAAACCAGCCAUAGCAGCUAAUAACAUUUUCAAGUCUGUUACUGCUGAUAACGCAUCCUCAGGAACAGUAAGCAGUAAUAGGAAGACUUGGAAAAAAUUUGAGUUAUUUUUCCUAUAGUUUUUAUGACACGUGUGUCAGGUGCUUUUUUUUUUCUGGAGUCUGGUGACCUCAUUUUAGGCAGUCUCUGGGGGUUAGAGGUCUGCAGGGCUGACAGUUGUGGGGGUCUUGGACAAAGGGGGUUUUACAAGGCUUGGAUCAGGGGCUGGUGGAAACAUGCUUUUCUAGACACCGAGAAGCACAGGUAAACAAGGAAAGAAGCCCCAGAUUUUGCUGCCCUGGGGUCUGUCUCAAUGGUCUUUAAUGCCCACCUCUGUGCUCUGGCAGCCCACUCAAAGGCCCCCCAUGCACAGCGUCGAGAACCCUGUCAGAUCGGGUAGAAACAAGUCCUUUUGAUCCAGGCAUCAUUUUGGAAAAAACUCCACUGCCUGCCAACCCUUCUUGUACCGAGUCUCUGUGGUUUUAUUUGUAAGUAUCUGGAAAACGGAAGUAAACGUUUUUUGAGGAUGCUAUUGAAACUUCUGUUUUUCAGGUGCACAAAACCGGACCCCAAGCUCUCCUGCAUUCGGUUCACUUCCUAAAACACAAGCAUGUUCUCUGGGAUUUGUUAGGGCAAGUCUUCAUCCAUGGGCAUUUGAACCCCGUGGUUUCUGCAUUGACAUCGUUCUAGUUUUGUCAUUUAGAUACUUAGCGACAAACCCAUUUGAGCACAGGGUAUGAAUAACUCCCGGGAGGUCGUCUUUGCCUGCCUGCCCGCCUUCCUUGUGUUCAUUUGGCUCCUGUGUAUAUUGAGGUACUAAAAAGUUUGCUUUGCUCAUGUUGGCCCAGGGAAAUUGACAUUCUCAACACAGAGCUUAUUUUAAGUCUUAAGUUCCUGGCCUCUUCCUUGCCAACCCUCACCCACAGAAGCCUGAUGGGCGGUGUGCAGUAUUGAGAUCUAGGCAGGAAAACCAUUUUAACCUCUAAUAAACUGAGGGAGGCACUGCUUCUGGGCACUGGUAGACUGAGGUCAUAAGUUUCAACUGGAAAUUGCUGUGACAAAUAUGCGCCUUGGAAUUCCCUUGUGGCACAGCAGGUUAAGGAUUCGGCAUUGUGCAGGGUUUUUUGUUUUUUGCUUUUUUUCUUUUUACAGCCGCACCUACAGCGUAUGGAAGUUCCCAGGCUAGGGACUGAAUCAGAGCUGCAGCUGCCAGCCUACACCAUAGACACAGCAAUGCAGGAUCCAAGCCAAACCUGCGACAUAUGCUGCAGUGACAACGCUGGAUCCUUAACCCACUGAGCACGGCCAGGGAUCGAACCUGCAUCAGCAUGUAUACUACUCGGGUUCUUGACCCGCUGAGCCACAGUGGAAACUCUGCUGUGGUGCGGGUUUGAUGCUUGGUCCAGGAGUUUCUGCAUCUGCAGGCCACAGGUGCAGCCAAAGGAAAAAAAGAAUGUGUACCUUUUUUUUUUUCCAAGUUGGCUAAGUGUAGGCUAUGAAACCAGAUUUACAGUUUGGUGCACUCAAAUGAAAGAUGUCUUUAUCAUUUUGUUUUUUAUUUUUUUGGCCAUGCCCAUGGCGAAUGGAAGUUCCCAGGCCAGGGAUGGAACCUGCACUGCAGCAGUGACCCCAGCCGCUGCAGUGACAACACCAGAUCCUUAAUCACUAGGCUACCAGGGAACUCCCAAAAUGGCUUUAUUUUUUAUGAAAGUUAAAGUUAUAAUGCAAAACAUCACUUCAGGGUAGGAUGUUACUUGAAAUUCUAAUAAAAAUCAUAGAUGUUUGAUGAAUAACUUUUUUUUCUUUUUAGGGAUGCACCCGCAGCAUAUGGAGGUUCUCAGGCUAAGGGCCUAUGCCACAGCCACAGCCACACCAGAUCUGAGCUGCAUCUGCGACCUCCACAUCACAGCUCAUGGCAAUGCUGGAUCCUUAACCCACUAAGCAAGGCCAGAGAUGGAACCCGCCACCUCAUGGUUCCUAGUCAGAUUUGGUUCCACUGCACCAUGAUGGGAACUCCUGAAUAACUUGCUUUUUAAUGUAAAUUUGACCUUUGCUUGGGUGGGCUCUUAACCCCACAUAGUCUGGGAUUUAUUUUUCUUUCUCUAUCCCAUGGAGGCUUGUAGAGUAUUUUGCCUCCCCCACUGCCCCUCAUCUCUUCCUUUUUUCUCUCUUUUGUACAUGGAAAAAUGUAUUUUUGUACCAUAUCUCAUACCUUGAAGAGAAAGCUUUUUUAUAUCUUCAGGGCUGUAGAAUAUAUUAGUGUAAACACAUCCUUCCAUGGGGUAUGAAAACAUCCUAUCAAAACUACUGUGACUCUGUUAUGGUUAAGAUUCCGUUUUUUUAAAGAUAUCGUCAAGUUCAUCAGUGUUAAGUUCCCAAUGCUUCAGUAUCACAAUAAAUAAGAAAAACAAAAAAAUUGUCCAGAAAAGAAAAAGGACCAGCUGCUGGAUAUCUGGGGAUAUUUUGGGGAAUCGAUGUUUAGAGCAACCUCUCCCCUGCAUUGAAAAGAUGCUUUCAUGGCAUGUCAGCCUUCCAUGAAUUUUUUUUCCAAUAUCAAUCAGCAUUACCUGCCUUCUGGGUUUUUUGGUUUGGCUUGUCUUUGUUUUUGUAUUUUUUUUUUUUGUCUUUUCAGGGCCACACCCACAGCAUAUGGAGGUUCCCAGGCUAGGGGUCUAAUUGGAGCUACAACUGCCGGCCUACGCCACAGCCACAGCAACUCAGGAUCUGAGCCAUGUCUGUGAUCUACACCACAGCUCACAGCAAUGCUGGAUCCUUAACCCACUGAGCAAGGCGAGGGAACGAACCCGCAACCUCAUGGUUCCUAGUCGGAUUCGUUUCUGCUGCGCCACGACGGGAACUCUUGUGUGGUUUUUUGUUUGUUUUUACCCCAUAUCAUUUCUGGUAGCAAAGGGUGGCAACAGAAUUUCCUGAAAUUGGGCCUUUCGAAUUGUUCUGGGCUCUUAAUUUAUAAAAGUAACUAACAGAGCAGAGAGAUUAGUGUUGUUGAAAGGAGGGUUUUUUCCUUUUGUCUUUUGUGGGGGUUUUUUGGCCACACACACAGCAUGUGGAAAUUCCCAGGCCAGAGAUUCAACCUGCACCACAGCAGCAACAACUCCAGAUCCUUAACCACUAGGCCACCAGGGAACUCCACCUGUUACUUCUUAACAUGCUUUUGAGGAAGGAUAUCUGCUUUAUGGGCUGAUACAUGAUCACAUCUCCCCGUUAUGUUUUGAAUUGGCUGACCUAACCAAAAAACCAUCUCUUGCCAUCUAGCUGACUCAUUUUAAAAGGAAUUCCUGGGAGUUCCCUGGUAGUCUGGUUGUUAGGAUUUUGCCCUUCCACUGCUACAGCCCCGGUUCAGUCUUUGUUCUGGGAACUGAGAUCCCACAUCAGGUCGCUGCACCCUGGGGCCAGGAAAAAAAAAAAAAAAGAAUUCCUAAGUGUCAACCCCCUCCCUCAACUUUUUUUUUUUUUUUAAUGCAUUGCCAUUCUGCAGAAUUUUGGUUUAUGGCCAUUUGAGUAGUUGAACCUUUGCUUCUCACUCAUGGAAAAACAGGAUGCAUUUUUUGCAGGAUCUAACACAAUAUGCUUAAAAUUAGUAUUGGACAACCAUCAAUAUGAUACAUAGUAUCUGGAAUAAACAAAUUUUCUCCAACAAAUUUUGCGCUCUGCUCUUCAAGGAUUCCUUGAUAUGUAGGAGGUACACCAGGACCAGUUUUUCCCUUGUGGUGGCGUUAAAAGCUGAUUGUCAUUUGCACCAUCGCCUGAAAAUCUGUGGCAGCUAGUAGCGUGAUCAACCAUAUGUUCUAAUGUCUUUUUGCAGAUUUAAAGGUUUUACUGUAGCGUCAAUAUCCGCAUGUGUGUGAACCAUCUGAAUUCUGUGUAAUUAAAUCGAUAUGUGAUGGUGAUUAGCACUCACUUAAAAUCCAGCGAAACAAUUAUUUCCCUCUUAACUGGAAAUCAUAUUUGUGAGGUAUAAUACCCCUUAUCAACAGUGUAUUCAUGAUUCAAAUUUGUAUUUUGUGUAUCUGGUGAUAAAUUUUACAUAGCGUUUGAUACUUAAUAUAAAUCCAUUUGAUUUUAAUAUAGUGGGGUGUGUGUGGGGGUGUGUGUCUGUGUGUGUCUGUGUGUGUGGUAUGUGCACACUAUAGUCUCCUGAGCCUUGGGAAACUGAUUCUACAAAUAUCAUAUAUAGACCUAAAUGUAUAAGGCUUAUUUUUUUCUGCAAAGCGAUACAUUUCCUUUACUUAUUAAAUCACUGGCUUUUGGUGUUAUGUAGAGAUAUUUGUAGACUGAUUUUGGAAGAGAAGUAAAAAUUGUGAAAAUUACAGCUUAAUAAAUGUUUAUUUGUUGUAUA